AAUUUAGGUUAUAAGAGCUAGUUAGAGAUGCUCAGGUCAAAAUGGCGGGCCGACCUGCUGUUACAGUGUCAAGCAAGUGGCUGGCUGGUUUUCAAAAAUGGUAUUAUAAUGCUGCAGGAUUCAACAAACUGGGGUUAAUGCAAGAUGAUACAAUAUACGAGAUUGAAGAUGUGAAAGAAACCAUAAGAAGGCUUCCUGAGAAUAUUUAUAAUGACAGAAUGUUUCGAAUUAAGAGAGCUCUGGACCUGACUAUGAGGCAUCAGAUCUUGCCUAAGGAGCAGUGGACAAAAUAUGAGGAGGUAGAACAGGACAAAUUCUACCUUGAACCCUAUCUGAAAGAGGUUAUUCGGGAAAGAAAAGAGAAGAAUGGACGAAGAAGUGAUCUUGUAGUUGAGAUCUGUGGAUGUGCCUGGUCUUAGCAUGUUUUUAUGAAGUUUCAACUUGAAUCACAAUUUAAGAAUUAUUUGCUCUGCAGAGGCCUCUCUUUAAAUAAAUGUCUAUUGUAACCAUAAAAAAAA